AGAUAGUUGUCUCUGAUAUUGGACACUUUCAAUAGGAGAGAGAUACACACGAGAUUGAUGUAUUGAAUUUUGCUUAUCAUUCAAAAAAAAAAUAUGUAUCGAGGUUUAAAUAUUUUGGGUCUGUAAUACAAAACAAUAGAAAAUAAUAGGAAAUAGAAGGGGAUGUAAACCAUCGAGUUCAAGUUGGAUGACUGAAAUGGAGAAGAACUUCAAGAGUUUUAUGUGAUAAAGGUACCGCUCAAGCUGAAGGGAAAAUUCUAUCGGACUGCGGUAAGAUCUGUGAUGUUGUAGCGAACAAAAUGUUGGACGGUUAAGAAUCAACACAAGAAUAAAUUAAGUGUAGUAGAGAUGAGGUUGUUGUGUUGGAUUUGUGGUAAGACUAGAUAUAAUAUGAUUAGAAAUGACAAUAUUAAAGAGUGUUGGGGUAGCACCUAUAGUAGAAAAGAUAGUGGAAAAUAGUCUUAAGUGGUUUGGGCAUGUAGAGAGAAGACUUGUAUAUUUUGUGGUAAGGAGAGUAGAUCAGAUGGAGAGAAGUCAAAGAACUAGAGAUAGAGGAAGAUCUAGAAAAAUUAUAAGAGAAUUUAUUAAAAAAGAUUUUGAGAUUAACGAUUUGGUUGGAAGCAUGGUCCUAGAUAGAACAUUAUGGCGAAAGUUGAUUCAUGUAGCCGACCCCACUAUGUGGGAUAAGGCUUGAUUGUUAUUAUUGUUGUAUUAAAAAAACUGUGUUUGUGUCUAUCUCUCUUCUUUUGGGAGUGUUGAGUAUUGAAGAUGGUUUAUAUUCUACUUUUUCUGCAUUGGAAUUGUUUAAAAUGAACCAUUUGAGCUCAGAGCCCCAUACUGAACUUCUGGCCAACCCAUCUAUUCAUAUUCACCUAAUGAAGCAGUGGUCAACAGCCCGUCAAAGCUUACCGAAGAUACUUCAACCUUUCAUGCUUUUGUUGAAGCCCUUGUUUCAAAUUUUCACACUUCUUUGGUACCUUUGUAUAAAGAUACCUUCUCCUGAUAUUUUUAUUGUCCAGAAUCCCCCUUCUGUUCCAACUCUGGUGGCAGUAAAAUGGGCUAGCUGGUUGAGGAAAUCAUCAUUUGUCAUAGAUUGGCAUAAUUUCGGAUAUACUUUACUUGGACUGUCCCUUGGAAGGAAUAGCCGUUUUGUUUCUUUAUACAAAUGGUUUGAGAAUCGUUAUGGGAAAAUGGCAGACGCUUCUCUAUGCGUAACAAAAGCAAUGCAGCAUGAAUUGGCUCAAAACUGGGGGAUUAAUGCUACAGUAUUGUACGACCAACCUCCUGAUUUCUUUCAUCCAACUUCGCUGGAAGAAAGACACAAGUUGUUUUGCAGACUGAAUGAAAACUUUUAUCAUCCUAUUGGUGUUAGAGAUUGUGUUAGUAAUGGAAGUUCGCUGACGAAUAGCCAAAUCCAAAAUGAGAGUGUAUUUACAACUGAGGUUGGUUCAAACAUAUGUUUGAAGCCAAACCGGCCUGCACUCGUUGUAAGCAGCACAAGCUGGACUCCUGAUGAAGAUUUUGGCAUUCUCUUGGAAGCUGCUUUAAUGUAUGACAGGCGUGUUGCGGCUAUAUUGAAUGAAGAUGAUUCACUAGAUGAGGAGGUCAUGUGGAAAGAAAUAUCUGAUGGAAAACAAUGUUUAUAUCCCAGAUUGUUAUUCGUCAUCACUGGUAAAGGUCCUGAAAAAGCAAAGUAUGAAGCUAAAAUAAAGACAUUGAAACUUAAACGCGUGGCAUUUCGCACCAUGUGGCUGUCUGCAGAUGAUUAUCCAUUACUGCUAGGAUCAGCGGACCUAGGUGUUUGUCUGCAUACUUCUUCAUCAGGAUUAGACCUUCCCAUGAAGGUUGUUGAUAUGUUUGGCUGUGGGCUGCCUGUUUGUGCUGUUUCAUACUCUUGCAUUAAAGAGCUGGUUAGCGUUGACAAAAAUGGUCUUCUCUUCUCUUCAUCUUCAGAGCUAGCUGAUGAGCUUUUGACACUCUUCAAGGGAUUUCCCGUUGCGUGCGAUUCUUUGAAGGCUCUCAAAUCAGGUGCACUAGAUACUGGUUCUUCAUCAAGGUGGGUUACUGAAUGGGAAGAACAUGCAAAGCCACUGAUAACUGAGGUUAUUUCAAGAUUUUGAUUCUUUUUCUGUUCUUAGAAGAUGUCUUUGUCUGCUAAUAGAAAAUUUCAUAGAUUUGUUGGUUUGGUUGAUCCUAUAGAUGGUUGAUUAUUUAGCACCAUAUGUCAGAGUUACCUUCAACAGAAUAUUUAUGCCAGCAAGAUCUCCAACAUCUGUCUAUUGUUGACUUGCUGCAUUUGUUGUAAAUAGAAAUCUGAAAAAAAAUUCGCAAGUUCCGUAUCGCAA